CGGAAGUGAGCGCGAGGAAGGCGGGAGGGAGAGAGACUUCCUCCGCAACGUCGCCCAGGAGCCGAGAGGAGCCUCCGAGGCCGGUCUCCUCCGGCUGACCGGGCGUCGCUGCCCUUGGCUUGGCACCAUGGUGUCUGUCAUGAUGGCAACGUCAGAGUGGAUUCAGUUCUUCAAAGAAGCUGGGAUCCCCCCGGGGCCUGCUGUCAACUACGCCGUCAUGUUUGUGGAUAAUAGGAUCCAGAAGAACAUGCUGAUGGACCUCAACAAGGAGAUCAUGAACGAGCUGGGCAUCACCAUCGUCGGAGAUAUCAUUGCCAUCCUCAAGCAUGCCAAAGUCGUGUACAGGCAGGAAAUGUGCAAGGCUGCUACAGAAUCGGUGGCUUCCAGCCAACCCACCCUGCAGUCUGAACUCCGUCGGAAUGCCAACAGCGCUGCCACCCGGAUGAUUGCAAACAGCCUGAGCCGAGAUUCACCACCUUCCACCCCGGUCCGAAGACCCGACACCAGCACCUCCAAAAUCUCCAUCACGGUCUCCAAUAAAAUGGCAGCAAAGAAUGCCAAAGCAGCUCUCUGCAGUCCGGAGGCCGAGAACUCCACGCUCCCAGUGAAGCGGCGCCGCGUCACGGCAGAGAUGGAAGGGAAGUACAUUGUCCACAUGCCCAAGGGAACCACCCCCAGGACCAAGAAGAUCCUGGAGCAGCAGCAGCAGGCAGCAAAAGGGCUACAGAGAACCUCUGUGUUUGACCGGCUGGGCGCAGAGACCAGCGUGGACACAACCACAGGAAGCAAGCCCACGGGAGUCUUCAGCCGCCUGGGGGACAUGCAGGAGGCCGAGGAGGACAAAGCAGUGGAGAGCGACGACGACAGCUCCGUCUUGCAGUACGCCGGGGUGCUGAAGAAAUUCUUUAAGCCCUCCAGGCCCAAGGAGAGGGCCAAGGCCGCCAGGGCGACGGUCAAAGCUAAAGCCACCAGUUCCGAGCCCCAGCCAACAGCCACUGCCGCCCCUGCCCAACAGCGGCUCGGGAGCAAGAGCCUGGCGGAAAAGAAGGAGAAGGCGGCCGAGCCGCCCCCGCCACAAGGCGGCAUGGCCAAGAGACUGGGCAAGCGCCCCCUGCCUGCCGAGGCCCAGGACAGCCAGGUCACCAGCUCCAGGAGCAAGCCAGAGUCUGAGUUCCGGGUCACCAUCAAGAGAACUUUGGGCAGCGCGAAGGUAAGCAGCACCACGGAGGGCCCCAGCGCCCAGAUGGACAACACGGGCACCGUCAGCGUCUUUAAGCGGUUGGGCAGGAAGGCGGUGUGAGCUGGGCACCCUUCGCCUGCAUGUGCGCGGGAGACCCUCUUUGGACAGCUUGAAGUUGGCGCCCCCUCUCUACCCCCAUCUGCAACACAAGCGGGCUCUUGCGCGGCCUCCAGGCGGAGGACGGCUUCUGUGAAGCUCGGCGUCAGUUCUCCCAGCUGUUUCCGCAGGUCUGUGGGGCAGGAGCAGAACUGGGGUGUCUUGCGCGGCUGCACGGCCCACCUCAAAGGCAGUGGAUGCCAGUGCUGGAGGCACCCACCCAAUGGAGCAUUCCUGGGGUCGGGGUGAGGGCUCCCAGCGGGCGCGAGAGGUCACGUUGCACUGAACCCUCCUUUCUCUGUCUCUGUUGUUUCCCCUCUGCAGGUCCUUGCUCUCUCCUAGGAAGUAGGUGCCUUGAGGGCCCCGUAAAAGAGCUUGCAAGAGGCAG